AUGACAAAACCAGAAGUUACAAUUGGCGUUCUGGCUUUGCAAGGUGCAUUUAUAGAGCACGUUUCCCAUCUCCAGAAAGCUGUCGCGACGGCGAAAGCGGGAUCAAAGAUCGCCUCUGCUCAGAUCUCUGUCGUCACCGUGAGAACCGUCGAGCAGCUUAGUUCAGUUGAUGCUCUCGUUCUUCCGGGCGGGGAGAGUACCUCGAUUAGUCUGAUUGCAGAGCGUACUGGGUUAUUAGAACCUCUACGUGAUUUCGUCAGGGUCCAGCGGAAACCAGUCUGGGGAACUUGCGCAGGCCUAAUCCUUCUUUCAGAUCAGGCCUCGAAAGCAAAGAAAGGUGGCCAGAACCUCAUUGGUGGACUACAUGUUCUCUGUCAAAGAAAUCAUUUUGGCAGACAGACCGAGAGUUUCUCCUGCAAUCUGGCGCUGCCGUUCACGAAUCCAUAUGACGUCGAUGAUCUGUUCCCGGCCGUCUUUAUCCGUGCGCCAAUCAUCGAACAACUUCUCGACGACUCCACUGCUAGACUCGGCGCCCUGAAGAUAGAGGAUAACUCUGAAGAAAGCCUUGUCGUCUCUGCGCCUAGAUUGGAGGCCGACAAAGACGACGCGACCGCGGUCGAGAUCAUCUGCCAAUUACCUGAUUCCACGGGCACAGAGGCCGGAGACAUCGUCGCCGUCAGACAGGGACAUAUUUUCGGAACCAGCUUCCAUCCAGAGCUCACUCCUGAUGUCAGACUGCACGCGUGGUGGCUGGAGGAGUGUGCUUUGCCGUUCGUGCUGUGA